AUAAUUUAAGUUUUUUAAUUUUUUUUUGUCCAGUAUAUGCGAUAUGGAAGAACUUCCCGAACUCGGUUUAUACUUAACCGACUUAAACCCACACGGAAUGAGCCGAGAAAUGGUUAUGGCAGGAUGGCAACACAACUCCAAAUUAGAAUUAAUGUUCGAUAAAGCGGAACAACGCGCUUUAGAACUCGAAGCAAACUACGAACUUUUAGACGAAUGGAAAUGUAAAGGGGACGAACUUUUAUACUCCAUGAUCCCGAAAACCGUCGCCGAUCGUCUUCGACACGGCGCCUCAUCUUUAAGCACUUGCGAAUCCUUCGAUGCCGUCACAAUUAUGUUUUGCGAACUUGUCGGAUUUAGUUCCGAAACGGUUCAAGAUGCGAUGGAUGUCGUUUCAUCGAUGAACGCGGUGUUUUCAUGUUUUGACGCUUUGAUGGAUAAAUUUCAUGUGUAUAAAGUCGAAACGGUUGGGCAAAUUUAUAUGGCGGUCUCUGGGGCUCCAGAAAAAACCAAAGAACACGCUAAGAACGUUUGCGAUUUUUCCUUGAGUUUGAUUAAGAACGUUAAAGAAUUGUUGAUGCCAAGCGGGGGUGGUGUCGAGGUUAAAAUUGGGAUUCAUUCAGGACCAAGCGUUGCCGGAGUUGUUGGUAUAAAAGUACCUAGAUAUUGCUUUUUUGGUGAUACGGUUAAUACAGCUUCAAGAAUGCAAUCUUCGAGUGUUCCUGGGAUGGUUCACAUUUCUCUUGGAACGAAAAUAUUACUCCCAGAGGACGACUACGUGAUUCAAAGUCGAGGGCUAAUCAUGUUAAAGGGAAAAGGAGACGUGGAAACUUUUUUUAUCUUCGAAAAGGAAGAAAAAAAUUAAAUCGUUUUCAAAAUAAUUUUAUAUUUAUUCAUGAAUACAAAAAUAAUAAGAUGUAUUUUGCACCAUUAGAUUUUAUAAGAUAGUACAAACCACACAAACGCAUUUUCCGUCUUUUUUAUCAUCAUCUGGGCUGGCGUUAAUCCCCAAAUGUUGAAUCGAAGUUGUUGAUUCAGUGUAAGGAGGUGGAGAUGAUCUUCUGUUGGAUCUCGAUGAUUUCUCGUCCAUUUUUAACCAAUUUUGUUUAAAAAUUUUAAAUUAAUUAACAAUUUAAAACUUAUUUUCUUGUAAACGUGACGAAAUGAACUGAUUUCGAGAUUUUAUUUUAGUUUUUAUUCUGUGUGGGUAUCUUAUCUUAACGUUUUUGGCGUUUUUAUCGUUGAUUAUUUAGAUAUUUGUAACGAAUUUAGAUAAUUUAAGAUGACUAAGAUGAAUAAAAAGUAAACAAGAU